UGUCAUUCGUUCGUAACGCCCCGAAAGAGUUCACCUUGAAUAGCAAACUGCAACUGGGAGUGAAAACACCACAUUCAAUCGUCAUCAUGAAGGCCGUGCUGUUGUUUCUCGUCGUAAUAUUCCUGACACUCGUGUCCGGACAAACGGACUGCGUUCGGGACGACACCGACGGACAGCCGCUCUGCAAUGCAGCGGAAGUGCCACUGCAGUUCUGGCGCAACAACUGGGACCCAACCGCGUACUGGGAGUGCACAACCACCGGAACUGCUGCCACCUACCGUCGUUGCCCGACCGAGGGCAUGUUCGACUCCGCCACGCGAACGUGCAUCAACUGGUUCAAUUGGGAGUGGACUCCGACCUGUAAGCCGCCGAGCCGCGUUUAA